AUGCCAUCAGAAACGUUGACGCUCUCGGCUGACACUGAUCGAGGCCGACUCCAUGAGGCCAGAGCCAAUCUCAAGAUUCAGCCCGUAAUCAUGAUCUUUGAUAGCAGGCCGCGAAAUACACGCCAGAAGCAUGCCAAAAAGUCUAGGAAGUCGUCCACGGCAUCCGGAAAGACGUUUGCUUUUGUCAACAUCUCUCGCCCGGGCAAAGUGGACGAGGAAUCCCGCAGGCUGGUGAAGACUCAUGUGAUGCAGGAUGUACUCCGUCAAAAGUCAGGUGACUGCUCCAAGUUGGAAGUCAUGUCACCCACAAGCUCGGAUCUCUUGCAACACUCGCCCCGGUCCAUGGAAAGUUCGCCUCAAGCUCCGCCAUCCUAUCUCCUUAUUUUCCCAUUCCAAACAGAGCCCUAUAUGCUCAAACUGGUCCAUGACUGUGCGUAG